UUGUUAUGUUUUGUUCGUUUAGGUAGUGGAAGCACAGAAAACAUAUGCACAAUUACUAAGUUCUGAUUGGGCAGGCAGCUUACAGCCCACCUACAAAUUGUCCCACUCUCUCACCCACCAACAUGAUCAGAGACACAAACAGACAAAGGAAGAAGCAGUGCUGUCUGUCCGAGCGUGCAGAGUUGUUCAGCUGCGAACUCAGAGCAAAGCAAACAGGUAACACACACAAUCAUCAGCUGCUGCAAAGGAAUCACUCGAACUAUAACCUGCUUAAACUUGUACACAUCAGUCAGUAUGUUGUUCAUGUCUGACUUACACCAACCUCGCACUGGGAUGACACUCUGACACUUUUUUGUCUAAUUUACAUUUAACAUUAUCUGGUUUUUAGUCUUCAUUAACUUUAAUCCAUGCAAGAUGCCAUGGUCCUGAAUCUGACGACUCAGUGUUUUGGGUUUCUUUAUAUUAUUCUGUGUUCUUGUUUAUUAUGUCUUUUGUUUAGGUUUGCUAUGUGUUUGGGUUUUAUUUUAUGCCUGCCUGUGUUCCCUGUCUGUCCGCGGUGUCACUGUGGCUGCUUGUGAGUCUGUCUGUCAAGUUCAGUCGUUAGUUUCCUGUUUUAUUCUGAAGGUCCUUGUCUCAUGUGAGUGUGUUCACUUUAUGUUUCCCCUGUCUCGUCAGCUGUGAUUUCUCCCAGGUGUGUUCUCCUCCCACCUCUCCCGUCUCCCAUCCCUUGAUUACUGCUGUGUGUAUUUAAGCCCUGUGUGUUCUCCUGCCUGUUGCUGGUUCGUCUGUGUUAUUCCCCUCUGUCAUCAUGAGUGGUUUCCCUGCGUCUGUCUGGGUCUCUCUGCCCUUCACCCCAGUUGGUUAUCAUUUCAGGUUUGCUCUUUAAUUUUCCUGGUUUAUCUUUCCUCAGUUGCUUCUCAUGCCCCCAUUGCCUGUUUGUGUCAUUCUGCCAUUUUGAAAAUAAACAUUUACUCAUAUCAUCUGUCCUUUGCCUGCGUUUUGGGUCCUUUAAUAAUUUCAUCCCGUGAGCCGUGACACAAGAGCGCCAAAGACAAACUGUUACAAGUGUCAAACCAAUUUUUUGGAGCAGAAAUACAAAUUUUUUAAAACCAGUGUAAAACUUUCAUUUGGUUUGAAUUUUCUCUUUAUGUGAGGAGUUUAUUGAGAUGGAAGUGAUGUCCUUUGUGUUUUUAACCAAGCUGAACACCAAGAGAAUUUUUUUCAAUUAACCAAAAAGACAGUUCAUCUCUCUUUGAGAGGUCAGGUAAAAACAUACUACAGCAUCCUCCAACUCCAAAAUAGUCAUCCGAGUUGCAAAGAUCUUUUUCAGCACAAAUCUGAGGACACAGUAAAAAUCUUUGGUAUUUUUAACAGAGUGAUAUUAUGGCGGCAGCAGCACCUGAUGAAGAUAAGCCAGAACACAUCAGCACUGAGUGUGAGGACUUGUCUGAGCUGAGGGUCGUUCUGCUGGGGAACAGCUGGUCUAAGAGGAGCUCAGUGGGGAACUUCAUACUGGGAGCGACUGUGUUCACCUCUGAUGAUAAAGCAGACCUCUGUCUGAGAGUCAAAAGAGAGCUGAAGGGGAAAGAAAUCGAUCUCAUCAACACUCCAGAUCUGCUGUCACCUAAAAUCUCCCCAGAAGAUCUGACGAAACAAGUUGAGAACUGCGUGAGACUCUCUGCUCCUGGACCUCAUGUGUUUCUGCUGGUCCUCCAGCCUGCAGACUUCACUGAGGAUCACAGACAGAGGCUACAAAUGGUCCUUGAACUCUUUGGUGAUCCAUCAUUUGAUCGUUCGUUGGUUCUGAUAAUGCCCAAAGACAAGAGUUCAAGUUCCAUUGAAAAGUAUCUGCAGCAUCCACAGUUAGGAGACAUAAUCAAGAAAUGUAGUGGAAAAUUGUUGUGGCAGAAGAACCUGGAACAAGAGCAGCUGUUAGCAGCCAUAGAUACAGUGGUGAAGAAGAGCAUGGGGGAGGAUGUUUCCAGUGAGGAAUCACCUGUUUCACCCAGUCAAGAUGACUUGGAUCCUAUAAGGGGUGCACAUGAACUCAGGAUAAUGCUGUUUGGGAAAAGUGAGGACAAAAAAUCAUCCCUGGAAAAGCUCAUCAUUCAAAAAAAAGAGUUUAAUAUUCCUAAAGUUCUUGGAGGAAAGCAAUGUCGUGCUGCCUCUGGAGAGUGGAACGGGAAACCUCUCACCGUAGUCAAAACCCCCGACAUCUUCAGUCUUUCUGUGAAAACAUUGUUAGAAGAGAUGAAGAGCUGUGUGAGUCUCUGUCCUCCUGGACCAAAUGUUCUGCUGCUGUUAGUGAAACCUUCUGAUUUCACUGAGAAGAACAGAAAAAAUCUGAAUUUGGUCCUGCGUGUAUUUGGUCAAGAUGUCUUUAAGCACUCAAUGGUCAUUAUAACACAUAAUGAGAAAUGGAGCAACUCAGUAGAAAAACUAAUUGAAGACUGCAAUCAAAGGCAGCAUUUAGUUAAUUUUGACAAAAAAGAUUCUUCUAAAAUUUACUCAGAGUUGAUGCUAAAAAUAAAUAACAUAGUGAGUGAAAACUGGGGAGAGUAUCUCAUGUUAAAAGAAGAGGCUAAACCCAAUCUGAAGUCCAGUCUGAACCUGGUUCUGUGUGGGAGGAGAGGAGCAGAGAAGACGUCAGCAGCCAAGGCCAUUUUAGGUCAGACUGAGCUUCAUUCAGUCUCCAACUCAUCAGAGUGUGUUAAACAUCAGGGAGAGGUGUGUGGACGUUGGGUUUCCCUGGUGGAGCUGCCUGCCCUGUAUGGAAAACCUCAGGAGGCAGUGAUGGAGGAAUCAUUCAAGUGUAUCUCCCUCUGUGAUCCUGAGGGUGUCCAUGCCUUCAUCCUGGUCCUACCUGUGGCUCCCCUCACUGAUGAAGACAAGAGAGAGUUAGAGACCAUCCAGGACACAUUCAGCUCUCGAGUCAAUGACUUCACCAUGAUUCUGUUCCCUGUUGAGUCACAUCCUACAGUUUCAGCUCUUCUUAACAUUGUAAGACAAGACAAGGACAUCCAGCAGCUCCUUCAGACCUUCAGACAAAGACAUGUGGUCCUCAACAUCAAGGACAAAAAGAUUUCAGAGAUGUUUGAGGUGGUGGACAAAAUCAUUGAGGCAACGGACAAACCACACAGUUAUACAGCUACAACAUUUUUACAUGCACAAAUGGAGAAAGUCUUACAACUAAAGAUGAACAUGGUCACUGUUGGAGAACAGGACUCAGACUGUCUCAGGAUUGUGCUGAUUGGGAAGACCGGCUGUGGAAAGAGCUCUACAGGAAACACCAUUUUAGGAACAGAUGAGUUUACAGCUGCAUCAAGUCAAAUAUCAGUCACAACAUGGUGUCAGAAGGCAAAGAGUGAGGUGGACGGUCGUCCUGUUGUUGUAGUUGACACUCCUGGUCUGUUUGACACAAGUUUGACCAAUGAUGAAGUUCAUGAGGAGAUGGUGAAAUGUGUCAGUCUUUUGGCUCCAGGACCACAUGUCUUCUUGCUGGUGAUACAGGUUGGCAGAUUCACAGUAGAGGAGAAGGAGACACUGAAACUCAUCAAGAAAUUCUUUGGGAAGAAUUCUGAAAAGUUCACCAUCGUUCUUUUAACCAGAGGAGACGAUCUGGAACGUCAGGGAGAGUCUAUUGAUGAUUACAUCAAGAACAAAUGUCACAGUUCCUUUCAGAAGCUGAUCCAUAACUGCGGAGGAAGAUACCAUGUGUUCAAUAACUCUGAGACACAAAACCGUACACAAGUCAGUGAGCUGAUAGCAAAGAUUGACACCAUGGUGAAGGACAAUGGAGGAAGCUUCUACACCAAUGAGAUGCUGCAAGAGGCUGAAACUGCGAUAAAGAAGGAGAUGCAGAGGAUCCUGAAGGAGAAGGAAGAAGAGAUUCAGAAGGAAAAGGAAGAGAUUGAACGAAAAUAUAAAGAGGAAAUGGAAACCAUGAAGAAAAGAUUGGAUGAAGAGAGAGAAAAAAUGGAAAAAGAGAGAAAAAAGAAAGCCAAAGAACUCGAGGAAAUGGAAGGGAAAAUCAAGUUGGAACAAGAAAAGAGAAAGAAAGAACAGGACAUCAGAGAACAAGAGAGAAAGGAAAAAGAAGCUGAAGAAGAAAAACUUCGAGAGAAUUUUAUAAAGCAACUUCAAAAGUUGGACAAUGAAAUUCAGUUAGAAAAAGAGGAGAAGAAAAGUGUUGACAGAAAGCUGGAAGAGACCAGAGAAGAGAUGAGAAGAAAACAAGAGGCCUGGGAGAAGACAUUGAAAGAAGAGCGUGAGAAACAAAGGCAAGAAGAUGAAGAGAGAUGGCAGUCCGAGAAGCAGAGAAUAGAAAAACUGCAGCAAGAUUACAAUCAAGAAAAACUAUUAUAUGAACAAAACAAACAAAAAGAGGAUCAGCGUCGAAGAGAACAGGAGGAACAAAAGUUAAAAGAAUUGGAGAAAGGUUACAAGAAAUCUCUGGAAGAUCUAAAGAAGAAUUAUGAAGAAGAAGCCAGAAAGAAAGCAGAAGAGUUCAAUGAAUCCCAAAAGAAAUACAUGGAGGAAAUAGCAGCUCAGAAGGAAGAACACGAGAAGGAAAUGAAUGACUUAGUGAAACGUGUGACCAAAAAGAGUGAAAACCUGAAAAAGAUCAAGAAUUUAGUGGAAAAACAUGAGAAACAAAUGAAGAAUGCAAAAAAUGAGGAGGAUAAGGAAGAACUACAGGAAAAACAUGAAAAACAAUUAAGUGAACUGAUGCAAGAAAUCUUGAACCAAGGGACCAAUGACUCAUCAGCCUGCAGCAUUUUAUGAAGACCUGAUGUGGUGAUCAGUUACUUUUUACUGAACAAAGAGUUUUUCCUGAGUUGAGCUUUUUAUGUACAAAGAUGUUCAUUUAAGUUGUUUCUUCCUGUAAACAUUAUUAGUUUUGCUCUAUACUGAACUGUAAGUAAAAUGAGUCGUUUAAUGUUUAAAAUCUUGACUGAUUUGUUGUUUUUUAUAAUGUUUGGUAAAAAUCUGCAUUUUUAAAAAUCAUACAUUGUUGUUAUAAAUGUAGUCUCCUAUUGACAGAAAAACUAAAUUAGGUGCAUUAUUUUAUUUCUUAUGUUUAUUGGGAGUAGUUAGGGAGUAAUAGGGAAGUCUUUUUAUGUAGUUUCUUUGGGGUUUUUUGUUUUAAAAAAAAUGUAGUUGUGAUUAGUAAUUAUAACAUUUUAUUGUAAAUAAAAUUCUAAAUGUAUAAGAAUAAAAUGGAUAAAUGAA